GUUUUCAACUUUUGACAGCUUUAUGUAUGUUCGAUCGGUCGCAACUUGGAUGCAAUCCGGAUCCAGAAGCGUGAAAAACUAAUGUUAUCCGAUCGGUAGCUCUAGUAUCGCGAGUGCCAAUCCUAAAUACAACAAUAAAAAAUCACUUUUGAUAUUAUUGCCGACAUUAAAAGAUUUCGGUUCUGGUCGUGUUUUGGUGUUGCAGCUUGAAAAACAGCAACAAUAACAAACGUACAAGCGAAGAAACGUCAUCCGUGGAUUGCCUUAUUCACUGUUAGCUGGAACAAAAUAAAUCGAUUUCCGCUCCAAUAACCAUGAAUGACACUGCUGGACCUGAUAUUCAACAUGACGUCUGAAUCAGACGAUUCACGCCGACUUACAGUUUUUGAGUUUUGUUUACCACUGUUUUGAUGAUUUGCGGUAACAAGAGAUUUGGGUUUACUAACCGGCUUAUAUUUUUAAAAUAGUCAAACCGAUAUAUUUUUAAGGCUUAAUAAUGAGUCUUGAUUUCGGAGAAAUUGUUGAACCUUCGACACGUGCUUUCUGGGACGAUUACGACGAAAGUGAAGAAGAUCGGGCACCGUUGUCACCGCUAGAAUGGAAUUGGUUGAACGAAGAUAACACCGAGCAAAAGAUUGACAGCAUCAAGCUUUUUCUUAUUCUGGAAGGUCAAGCAAUCGCUAGUUUCGUUGGAACGGCAGUAUUGAAAGGCAGAUCGCCGAUCGCUCGGUUGAAGAACGGAUCAACCUAUAUCUACAGUAUUCCGGAUCAGAGCGUGUUAGUUUGCUUGUCUGAAGAGAAGAAUCUUAACAAUUUUUCUCGUAUAACGAAAAAGCUAGUACCAUGGCUUGAUUUAGCGCAACAGGUGAUUGCCAUUUCGUUCCAACCGAGUGUUAUGCAUAAAGGUACUAGUAUGAAGGAUAAGGAGGAAGCGUGUUUCAUACGAUCGCUUAAUGGUCAACACAGUGAUGUUAAGGAACUGGAGGCACCGAAUGUUAUCACCGGUCUAUCGGCUGGUGCUCUUAGUUACAGAAAGUUCACUGGUCAGUUGAUGGCAUCAGCUUAUGUAUGCUUUUUGGAUUCAUCCGUUCUUGAUUCGGUAUCCUCGCAGCCCGUACUUCGACUGCUGGAAUCACUUUCCAUCGAAUGUGACGUCAAUUAUCAGUUAAAAUUUGUGGAAGGUUCUAAUCUUUAUCUAUGAAUUAAAAUGUCAUCUCUGAUGUGUUUUC